GCACUUACACGUACGGCACACCUGUUCUGAAUGGUUGAAAUUUGGAUCGAAAAAAAUAUAUUCGGGAAACUGCAUUAGCAAAAAUGUUGACAUGUUUGAUAGGUUUUAAUCUUUGAUGUAAUCGCUUGAAUACACAAUGAUACUGUUUUAUAAAUGAAUUUCACAGGUUCUUGGCGAUUCAUUUGAUAUUGGACAUGGCAACCAAGAUGCUGGAUUUCCACAAUUUCUGGAUGCUGAUUUGUGCUGCAUUCUUACAAGGAGGGGAUAUUGCUUUUGGACAGUUUAAUACGCAAUCUAACCCGAACUUAAUUGCGUCACCGUCAACUUUCCAAAGAGCAGGUGGACUGAAACCGAACCCGGUGCAAAAUAACGCAAAUUUAGGCAUGUUAGCCCAGCGUCAUUUCUAUAACAGUCUCAUGGGUCGUAUAAUGGACAUCAAUAAAAGUCAGUCGAGAAAGACCAAUCUGAACAAUGUAGAUGAAAUUUCAGAGUGGAAAUUCACGGAUCCGUACAACAUAGUGGACACAUGGGCGCCCCCUAGUGGAAGAUGGGAGUAUUUUGGCGACUGGAGGAAAUCGGACCGUGACCGUUUAAGUUAUACAGCCCCACCAGGGGCAAUUAGACGUACGAACAUUAUUAAGUACUUUUUCAGAAGAGGAAUUUUAUUUAGUCCCAAGUUAGAUGGAAGUGAUGUACCUCAACAAGUCCAAGGUGCUCCUGUAUUUCGCUCCGGGUCAAUGAGAGUGUUCUAAUACUGCUUCAAUACCAUUACCACCCGGUCAUGUUUCAUUGACAUCGUCAACCACUCGAUGCUUUCUUCGUCAGCGGGUACCACUUAAUAUUAGGGAGUCCUUGCUUAAUUCCAAAGUGCAUACUCUGAUCACUGUAUAUACAGUCUAUACAUAUUGUGAGUUGUAGUGUAUCGGUAUCGAUAGGAAAUUAUUUUAAUUUCUUUUUCAUACUGUUAACAAUAUUUUCUCUAUAUUGCUUGAAUGGUUUUUAAAAAGCAUCUUAUAUAUAUGAGAUAUCUUAUUGAUUACAUUGACUACAAUAAAAGUAUUUCAAUUCGGCUUCA